AUGCUUACUACAUCUCGCACGCAGCGUCCCGCCACCUUCACCAACAGGCAGGUGGCGAACUUCUACUUCCGGCCGUGCCGUGAUCAGUACGACGAGGUAAUCCUCGAGUACUUUCGCUGUCGGUGCGGCGCGGUCCGGAAGCGUGCCCCUGGUUCGAGGCGUGAGCACCCCUCGUUUGCUGCGGAGAUGCUGGCUGCAACCCCGGGAGAGACUGGGUCUCUCCUGCAUUACGUCCGCCACUCCGCACUGAACACGUUCGGAUGGCUGGAGUGGAUCGUCCUGGGCAACUUGCCCCUCUCAUUCUGUGAGAGCAGGCUUUCACGGCGAUACACGAACCUGGAGCCCAUCUCGGUGGAAACGCUCCGAGGUUCCCUGGAAUCGGUGACACGCUCCGUCGAGCGUGCGAUCGCUGCCGAUUUACCUGAGCGUUUCGAGCAUUUCAUCGCCGUCUUUGCGUGGUAUGAGGUAGACGAGGCGAUUCGCUGCCCGCUCCUCAGCAUGGCUCCACUCGUCAAUGAGGAGACCGACGAUUUGUCGGCCGCAACGCACCAGGCCUUUCUGCGCACGAUGCUGUUGCGAGACUACAACAAGAGGCUGGAGCAGUGUGUCUUCCUCGUGGGAGACAACUGCUCCGUCAACCGCCGGUUCGCCACCCUCAUGGGUGUUCCACUAGUCGGCUGUGCUAGUCGCCGCCUAAACCGAGCGGUAGCUGCAGAGCUGAGCGAGCAUGCUGAAGAUCUGGACCUGGUACAGACCCUGAUGCUGAAGCUACGGACGUUGACACAAUCCGCGAAACUACGGUUGAAGACAAUCCUUCGACCAAUCAUCCGCCAGCAAACCCGCUGGGGCUCCACAGUUGCAAUGCUUAAUCGCUUUUUCGAGCUUCUUCCCUUUUUGGACACCGACGACGACGAGCUCGCAGAGCUACUGCCCUCGCCGGCGGCGAAGAGGCGUCUGAAGGAUCUUCUCGGUGAGCUGAAGGACGUCGAGUCCGUAUCCAAGGCGUUGCAGGGCAGUGACGUCAGUCUACUUGAUGUGCGAGUGUGGUUCGACGCUCUCAUCGCAAAGAAGGAGUCGUAUUCCAACUACCUAUAUACAAACGGGGAUUUUGUGAUUUUAAUUAUUUUAGCUGAAAUUGUCCACAGCCCAGACUUUGAGUCGGGCUGUGUCCGGGUGCUGAAGGGUCAAGGGCAGCGCUUAACCCGGAGUGAAAAGUCGGCGCUGGAGGCUUUUCGCGUCAUCCCAGCCGCGCAAGCUGCGCGUGUGGGGGAUGAUGCAGAGACCGGAGGCUCAUUCGUGGAGCGCUUCCAAAAGCGCCGCCGCCUGGAACAGCGCCAACCAGCUUACGAGCUGCUAGGUCGGAUUCCUCCGACCUCGAACCUUGCCGAGCGCUUCUUCAGUGUCGCUCGCAAUACGUUCGGGCUGCAACGACACUCGCUGCAGCCGUACACGCUUGAGAUGCUGCUCUUUUUGCGCCAGAAUGAGAUCUUCUGGGACGCCCGUACCGUCGAAAAUUCGGAGUAGGUGGUGGAAUAAUUGAUCAAUGAAGCUGCAUUGUAUCGAUUAUCUA